AUGGGACAUGGCGAUGGAGCACCUGCGGCAACGAGCCAUGAGGAACGCGUCAAAGAGCGCAUACAAGUGGUGUACUCACGGCAGAUGCGCGAAAGACAAAUAUUCAUGCAAGAGCUAAGAGAUGUCCGCAAGAAAAGGGAAAAAAAAAUGUUUAUUAGUAUAACUAAUGCUGUUGGACCUCGGUGGUAUCAUGCCCUUAGCGUACCGCAAAGGAAGGCACUCGACAACUUGAACGUCGCCGUCUACCAAGACGAUCUUGAAGGUCGACCACACAGGACCGCAAGUAUAAUGCGAUCACUUGGCCUUUACCCACGACCGAGUCGGAAAGACCUUAUGUACUGUAUAGACAUAUGUAAUCAUGAUGGAAUGGAGAUGCUUGCCCAGUUAUAUCUAGCAACCUUUGGCUUUUCCAUAGAAGGUAAACGCGAGUCUUACUCUCUAAACGCUAAACUUAUUUUAUCAGCCAUUCUUUAUUUAGGCAUGGAACAUUUGUUAUUUUUACUUCGGGAAAGAUUUCGUCCAGAUGUUACAGUCGGAGAGGCCCCUCCUAAGCCUAAAGCAAAACCGGAGCCACCUGUAGCAUCUCCAUACUUACAAAAAAUGGUGGCAUUUCUUUAUGAGAGGCCUGUACUAAAGCGCCCACCACCCCCUCCGCUUCCCAAUUUAGACGACCUUAAUGAUCCUUACGAAGAAGAGCCGAUCAUAACGAAACCGCCACCACCGCCCCCGCCUCCGCCUCCGCCGAAAAAAACAAUACCGAAAGACGUAUGCGAUCAGUUAGCGGGUAUACUGCGCAUUCAUCCGGCACAACCAGAAGCCUCAGAAUAUCAGGGAAAACCUUUAAAAUCUGGUAAAGCUAAGUCUCGUCAGUCAAAGCCGAACAUCGAGAACAAAAAGGUAUAUGGUAUGGCAUCUAAUAGGAAGAAAAAAACACAUAGAAGAAAACCAGUGGCCCCUUCCACUGGUAUGACCAAUACUCGAUAUACUAUUAACGGUGUAUAUGAGUAUAAUGGUAAGGCAUGGUAUAUUUUGGGUAACGUUUGUAUAUUACCCGCGCAAGGUGACCUGAUACACGGAGGAUAUACAAAUGUGCAAAAUGAAAAUGUAAACAUACAUUGCGGUUACCGAGGACGACAGCCACCUCCCAAACCUCAGCCUUGCAACUGCGUCAAACAAUGGCAAGACACUGUUUUCGAAUACAUUAAAAAUACUAAAUGUUACUGCGGUCAUCGAUAUGAUUUCUACAAUGAGGGCACGUUCCCGCCGGAUGAGUUACCUUUUUUUGUUAAACCUACUCAACACUCUGCAUUGCAAUUUAACUAUCACACCAUAUUUAAUACAGACGCAAAGGAACUUCAUGUUGACAAAGAAUUCAAAAGGGUUUGGGAGACCGACAGUCUUUUACAGGUCGAUACCGGUAUAAAAGUCGUUAAAGAAGAUAAAAAAAAGAAAAAAAAAGACCGCUCUAAUACUUGCUUGGGAUCGCGACCUCGACCCGAAGACUACUUGAGAUGUGCAAUACGUUUUAUGAGGCGCCUGAACAUUGCCGCACGCUUACCUGACCUACAUUUAGUCCCAGAGCUCAGAGAAUGGAUGAGACGUCGGAUCUAUGGUCCAUUAAAUCGACAAGAGAAAGCAGAUAUGUUACGAAAGAGUACUACUUAUUGGGCGUUUUUCACUACACUCGCUUCAAAAUCUUACGGCCACGUACCGGUACCUAAGGAAGCACAAUUCGGUGGUCACACCACGUGGUUGGAGAAGCAAAAACUAAAUAAUAAUUUUAAAAUAUUCAAUAAUCGGUACAAAUUAGCAUUGUACAGAUCACACGCUAAACUUAUAAACUUGUUUUGGCGGACCAUGUUUCAGGCCGAAAUGCGAGACAAACAAUUUCGACAAAUAUAUUUUUCUUAUUUGUUUAGUUGCAUGGAAGAAAUACAACUAAUACCUUAUAUUGCGAGAGAAGUACAAGAAAGAGCAAAUUCGAUGCGAGUGGGACGCUAUGUUUGCCUGCCGCGAGGUGCUGAAGAUUUAGAUAUGUAG